GCCCUCUGUCCGUGAUCCAGGGCACGCUCUCGUUUGUUUUCAUUACAAACCAAGCCUGGUAGAAUUGCCUCAAAGACUCUUCAUCCAUCCAGGGCUGGGCAUACCACGCCUACAAACGUCUGGCAUCCCCGUCAUGGCUUCUCUCAAAUAGUACCACCGUACAGGUUUCUGGAUGGACGAACGAUCAAACAUCUUGUCCUGGAGGGCAUCAGGCGACAAGGCGAAGGCAGUUACAUCUUCGCCAACGAGGCGCCACCUUCAAAAUGGACCUGACACCCAGGAUCUUGUUGGAGCGAAUCACUUCCCUCGGUCGUCGCGCACUGAAGGGAUUGGGCGUCUCUCAAACGGCGAAGGGCUUGCUGUAUUAGAAGACCCAGCGUUGAUCUCACGCUUAGUUCCAUCGAUGUCCGCCUCCGGCCCUUCCACAUAUCAGUCUCAUCGAUCAGCUGUACCGCCCGCAAUGGAUGUUAGUAGGGAUCCACAUGGGGCUUACCAUAUCAGUUUAUCAGAGGCUGAAAAGGUACUCACUCGUCCUUAUAAGAGGACGUUCGAUCAUGGGAGAGCGGCCAACGAGCAGUUGCCAGUUAGGUUGGGCCAUCUUGUGGGCAGUGGCACCCAUCCAUCUCAGUCAAGCGGCCGUUCUACAACGGAAUUGAAAUCCCAGUCGUCCAGCCAUACGUCGACAAAUCAAGAGGCAGUCAAAGUAUAUGCCAAAGGCAGAGCCAUGAGUCGGCAAACCGCCGGUGAAAAGGAAAGUCAGAUAGAGGCUCAACUAGACUGGCUAUUUCCCCAGCCAUAUACGAGCUCCCAGUCGGAUCAAUCCUUGAGGCAACACCAUCAAAUACCGGAUAAAACUCUUGUUUCACCAAUAUCCAGUAAAGCCUCAUCUUCCCACGGAGAAGUAAACAAGCCGUAUGCCGACAUCUAUCAACCUCCUUCGAGUUCAGCGCCGCCAGGUCCCUAUAUGCAGAGAUGGCCUGUCGUUGAUUCGCAAUCCAGGGGCGACCUGCCGAAGCAGUUCCCUUCCGGGAUAGGCCAGGGAAGACAUUUAUUGGAUGAACAAGAGCAAACUAAGCACACCCAUGCGCAUCCCUCCCCUAUGGCAAUUGCCAAUGGGGCCUGCGAAAAUGGAAAGGGGAACACGUCACGUGAUAAAAAUUCACUAUUUGGUAUGCGAGAUCUUAACUCUCCAGCAUGGAGAAAUUCGACUCAAAUUCGACCUCAAACUGGGACAGAGAUGGCAGUUAACAAAGGAAAGGCCUCUGAGGUUAUUGACCUUACAGAAGACGGUCCAUUGCCUUCUGCCAAUAGGAUUCGUAAUUCGAGUAAUAAUGGCCCGGUGGCCUCGCAGAACGCGGUUGCGGACUACGGCGGGUCUGAGCUAAACCCGCGACGAACAGCAACCUGGAAAACACAACCUCCACCUCAGACCGAUAAACUUAUCCCACCGCCCUCAUCCACUCCGCACCGCGAACCAUCGCGAGAGGAUGAAUCAUCUAGUUCCUCCCGCAACUCUGUAGACAUUGUUAAACGGAUCGACCCGAGCACUGCCAUUCGUCGAUCUGAGUACAACCCCAACACGAUAGCACGUGAUGUUCUCCGUGCGGUAGGGCUCCAUCCAUCUGAGAAAGGGUUGAAUGCGCAUCUGGAAGUGCUCAAGUCCCGAUUCAAGGAAGUGGAUGAUACUUCGGAUCUUUCCACUCUUCGUUCAGACUUAAUAGAUGUACCCCAAGGUGGGGCUCCGGAAUCUGUUAACAUGGCAUCAGUGGACGGGUCAAUGAAAGGAGUCUCCCAGAAGACUCCUGUUCAUAGUGCGAUAAAACCACCCCGAGGUGGAUUCUCCUCAGCUCCGCAUGGAGCAUCUCGACUGUCAACGUCGAUACCUUCUCGCCCAAGUUUACUACGCAAUGCCACCACACCGGGAUCCCAAUCCCGCAGCUUUGCCGUCGUGAUUACCUCUACCCCCCCGAAAGGCCCAGUUUUCAACCCUCGAGUUUCUGGAUUGAUUGGGAGCGAUGAUGGAGAGGGCGGAGGGCCUGCCUCUAGUGGCUCGAGUGCAUCAACACCACGUAUUAGUCGUCCUCGGAAGAAUCCCACGCCCACGACAGUCGAGCAGCCUUCUUUAACGCCAAAGAAGAGGCUUCGACCCCCCAAAAUCUCUGAAACCACGCCAGCUCCAGAACCAGCGCGAAAGAAGAUAGGUCGGCCAUUCAAGACUCCGGAAGCAGCAGCUGCUGCUGCAUCUAAAGGACAAAGUACCAAGAAACGCCGUGCCCGAACCGUGAAAUUGCCUGAGCCUGAGUCCGAUGAUGAGACCCCUCCUCCUGAACGCAAGUUUAUCCCAUUCUUGUGUGAAUGGAAAGAAUGUCCCGCUGAACUCCAUAAUCUGGAGACUCUGCGCGCUCAUCUAUUCAAUGUGCAUAAAAAGAGGGAGCAUUCUGGUAAAUUGCCUUGUCUAUGGGGUAAUUGUAGUACAAUCCGCAAAGUUGCGGACAGUGCGAGUAAAUCGUCUAAGCUUGUGGAUAAGGCGUUCACAUUUAAAUCGGAAGAGGAGUGGCGGGACCACAUCAACAAAGCUCAUCUCAUACCUCUUGCUUGGCAUAUGGGCGAUGGACCGAGGGGAACUUCUUUGGCAGCUACCGAAAAGUCUGAUCCAGAGAUACCGCUUUCCUGGCUUACCGAUGCUAAUGGUACGCAAGUCACGCCUUCGGUAGAAGAUCAACCUAUUGAGGAGGGUCGAGCACGAGAGAAUAAUGCAAAAAGAUUCGUUAAGAAGAGGGCGGGCCUAUACGUAGUCCUAGAGCCCGUCAAAGCUCCAGAGACAUACUUGAAGCUGCCGAGUUAUAGCGACGACGAUGAAGAUGACGAUGCUGCUGCCAAAGGAUAGGAUGGAUGGAUCACGAAUAUCAUUGAUUAUUCCAAUGGAUAGAUGUAUUCUACUUCGGUAACACAGCCGCGAACCAUGGAGAGUCGGGGGCUUAAAGGAAACUUCAUGGUCCGGUCUGAUGUCGGGAUAAAGACACAGCUACAUAGCUGUCACAGUUAUAGAGGAGCGCGGAAUGAAGCAGUAGAGAUCAUGCCUCGAAGGCAAAUGAGAAUAAAUACCUUGCAUAAUCACGG